GCCAGCCACAAUGUGUGUCAGAGGACUGUCUGUGCUCCCCAAGUAGAUGACUGCUCCAAAUCUGGUGUCUGUAUUACUGACUGCGAGAUACGAGAAAAAUCGGUUCGCGCGCAACCAUCCCAAGUCAGGACGAGGUUUUGCCAUUGUGGGACAGAAUGCCGGCGAGCAUUAGUAAAAACUCCGAAUUGGAGUUUGAUUCCUUACAACCAUGUUUCUACCCGGAUGAGGAUGACUUCUACUUCUGUGGUCCCGACUCAGCGCCACCGGGGGAGGACAUCUGGAAGAAAUUCGAGUUGUUACCCACUCCGCCCCUCUCCCCGAGCCGCGCUGCGCUACCGGGAGAGCCGGCGACCGCCUCCCCGGAAGCAGACCCCCUCGGCUUCGGCUUGGGGGACCCGCUGGACUGGGCGUCGGAGCUGCUGCUCCUGCCCGGAGACGAUAUAUGGGGAGCGUCCGACGAUGGGGACCUGUUCGGCUCCGCUAUGGAUACUAACCCCAACAGCAUCAUCAUCCAGGACUGCAUGUGGAGUGGCUUCUCCGCCAGGGAAAAGUUGGAACGGGUUGUUACGGAGAAACUCGGCAAGGCUAUUUCCACCGCCAGCGCGGGCGGCAGGAACGCGUGCGCCAAGGCGCAGGAGGCGGUGAGCCGCAGCUCGGUGUCAGAGUGCGUGGACCCCACGGUAGUCUUCCCCUUCCCGGUCAACAAGAGGAACGGCAGCAGGGACGCGUCUGGAUCCGCGAACACGUCCACGCUGAACGGGAGCGCGUCCAGUGACUCUGAAGAAGAUGAUGAAGAUGACGAGGAGGGAGAUGAAGAAGAGGAGGAAGAGGAGGAGGAGGAGGAUGAGGAAGAAGACGACGAAGAGGAAGAAGAAGAUGAGGAGAUUGACGUGGUUACAGUAGAGAAGAGGCGCUCCACAAUCAGCAAGGCGUCGCCCACAGCGACGGGCACGGUGACCAUCUCCGCGCAUCCCAAGAGCCAGGAGGCGAGAGGAGCCGCCUCCGGGUCCGGGGUGGUGAGUCGCUUCGUCAGCCGAGCCCCUCAGGAGCUGAUCCUGAAGAGGAGCUCCGUUCACCAGCAGCAACACAACUACGCAGCCCCCUCGCCGUACGCCUCGGACGACGACCCCUGCCCGCCUCCAAAGAAGCAGAAGACGUCAGACGCCCCUCGCCCCCCCACUAGGACCGUCUCAUCGUCCUCCUCGUCCUCCUCCUCCUCGUCCUGCGGCUCGGUCGGCGGCACGUCGGGGGCGCGCAGCAGGCGCAGCAACAGCGGCGACAGCAGCCCGCGCGGCAGCUCCGACUCGGAGGACAGCGAGCGCCGGCGCAACCACAACAUCCUGGAGCGCCAGCGUCGCAACGACCUGCGCUCCAGCUUCCUGACUCUGCGGGACAACGUGCCGGAGCUGGCGCACAACGAGAAGGCGGCCAAGGUGCUGAUCCUGAAGAAGGCCACCGAGUUCCUGAGCUCGCUAGAGACGGAGGAGAUGAAGCUCCAGCAGGAGAAGGACAGGCUCCACGCCCGCAGGCAGCAGCUGAUGCGCCGGCUGGAGCAGGCGAGGACUCGCUAACAGACAACUGCUACAACAUAGAAACACUCACAUAAACCCCCGGACGACCCCCCCCCCCCCCCCCCCCCCCCAACCCUUCCCCCCCCCACCUCUCUGCCUCAACUCAGUCUGAAACACAAUAACAUGCACACCUAGGCCUAUACACUUACGCACAGGCACAUAGGCCUGGAUACCUGUCUGACACAAAGCCCACAAACCAAUCUCAGAGGACGUUCCUGUUCAGAUGGCGACGCGCAGGAGGAGGAGGAGGAGGAGGGGAGGGAGGGGGGGUUGUCGGAGGGAUGCUCGGACUUUCACUGCCGCCACUUUUUUUGCACAUUUGUUGACGUUAAGAAUGUUUAGGGUUUACUUUUUUCAAUCCAGUCACAUUGAGGAAAGAUAAAAAGAGAAAGAACGAGGAAGCAGAGAGGAAACACUUUUUUUAGUCUUCCCUUCCUCUGGUUUUUAUAUCAUUUCUAUUUGUAUUUGUAAUUUUUUUUUUCUUCUUCUUUUUUUUUGUACUCACUGUGACACCAGCCGGGAAUCCAGCGAUUCCGAACAGGGACGGGUGUCAGAGGGCACUUUGCUUGGAGAGUUCACAUGAAAAAAAGAAGCAGUGCACACAAACUUUGCCUUCACCCCUGCAAAAAAGAAGAAAAGAAAAAGAAAAAAAAAAAACUGAAAA